AUGAUCAUUAUCAUCAUCUUCUUCAUCUACAGAAACGACAGAUCCCCAAUACUGAAUGGAGCCGUCACAUGGUACAAGCUAGAAAACUUUACACUUCUUCCAAAUGAGACUCAGUAUGAACUAUGGAUUCCUAAAGCCACCAAGAAGGAUGAGGGUGUCUAUGUUUGUGUUUGUACCUGGACCCACAACCACCUCCAGUACACAUCUACAGCCGCCAGGGGGCUACUAGUUCCAGAACCAUAUGCCUGCCGAGACCUUAAAAUCUUUUCUCCGUUUGUUAAGGAGCAGUUCGUUUAUGAAGGUUCCAGGAUCAGCCUGAACUGCUCCGUUUUGUGUGGGAUUAAAAAACACUGUGGCUGCAAAGCUCACUGGGAGGCAAAAGGAACUCUUAUCAAAAAGAUGUCUACUUUCCACCGAACAUUCAACAUAACCACGGAAGAUCUUUCACAGAACGUCAUCGCCACUGAAACCCUGACGAUUGAAAGAGUGUCUCCUGAAGACUUUGUGGAGUUUCGAUGUGUUGGCGAACGUCUUUUUGAGAGUACAUCUUACACAGUGACCCUUAAACGGAGAGAGUCUAUGAUUCCACUGGUCAUUGCAGGGGUGUGUGUCUUCUCCCUGUGUGUGUUUGCUGCUGUGAUAGUGAAAUGCUUUGCUAUCGACCUGGCUCUUAUCUUCAGACGCUACCUCCCAUUCAGGAGAGCUGAGAACAGUGCUAUGACGUUCGAUGCCUACGUGGUUUAUCAGUUACAGAGUGAGGACAAGGACACAGAAGACACACUCUGUCACUUCGUCACAAAGGUUUUACCUGAAGUCCUGGAGGAAAAGUGUGGCUAUAGGCUCUUCAUCCAUGGCAGAGAUGACAUACCUGGAGAAGACCGCCUGGAGCUGGUGGAGGACCGCAUGAAGAAGAGCAGGAGGCUCAUAGUCAUCCUCACUCCAGGUUCUGGAUCAGGGUCAGAGGUCAAAGAGCAAAACCUCCAACAACCAGUGAUGGGAGGGUUUGACUGGCAGGUGGGGCUCCAUCAUGCUCUGGUCCAGAGGGAAAUGACUGUGAUUCUGAUCCAGCUGGGAGACACUGGCCCACAAGGAUACACACACCUCCCCCCUGGUCUACAGCACCUGAUCCAGAAGAGCGACCCCCUCAGGUGGCCGCAGAACUCUCGGGGCGCUGCCAGCAGUAACUCACGCUUCUGGAAGAGAGUUCGUUACCUGAUGCCUGCAACGCCUGCCAAAAAAUGUCCACAGUCUGAUAUUAUCUGAAACUGGGGCUGCUCUCAUGAUCUUUGAAGGACUAGACAGACUGGAGCAGCGCUGUUAAAACUUUCCUAUUCUGUCAAAAGGCCUGUUUAUCAGUUGCAGAUUGGUGUUGAGCUAAUCCUUGGCACAGGCUGAUAGUUAUUUCACUCUGUUUAUAAUGAUACUUUAACAUGUGUCUGCCAGUAAAUGGUUAUUUUAGUCCAUCCAGUUUACAGAGUUGGUGCAACAUGUUGUUUUACUGCUUCUGACGAAAUAUUGACUAAUGGCUGGACUCUGCUGAACAGUGAAUGUAAUUCAUACAGAUGCUUUAUAGUUAUGUUAAAGUGUUGAAAGGUUUUUGAUUUAUCAGGUUCAGGGCAGGGUUAUAAUAGUUUUGGAUUUUUCAUUAUAGUUUAGUUUUAUUUAGUUUUGACUUUUUUUCUCUAAUUCAGUUAGUUUUAAUUCAUUUUUAGAGCAGGUUUGCUAGUUU